AUUUUAAAGAUUUUUAUAACUCCCUUAGUGUAAUUCCACUCGGGAUUGUCACCUGUCUGGCUUUGUGCAGAUCGAUAAAUAUUAGUCAGAAGGCAAGAAUGAAUGAUUUUGCAGUGUUGAGCACUGGGCGAAAAAUGCCCCUGGUUGGACUUGGGACAUGGAAAAGUGAUCCUGGAAAGGUAAAACAGGCAGUGAUAUGGGCGCUUCAGGCUGGCUAUCGUCAUAUUGACUGUGCUGCCAUUUAUGGAAAUGAAUCAGAAAUUGGGGAAGCCUUUCAGGAGGUGCUGGGAGCUGAUAAAGCCUUGAGGCGAGAGGACGUGUUUGUGACCUCCAAACUGUGGAACACUCGCCACCACCCUGAUGACGUGGAGCCAGCACUGCUCAACACCUUAAAGGAGCUGAAGCUGGAGUACCUGGAUCUCUACCUCAUUCACUGGCCUUACGCCUUCCAGCGAGGAGAUACUGCAUUUCCUAGAAAAGAAGAUGGGACUUUACUGUAUGAUGAAAUCGACUACAAGGUGACAUGGGCCGCCAUGGAGAAACUAGUGGAAAAAGGACUUGUGAGGUCUAUCGGGCUGUCAAACUUUAACAGCAGGCAAAUUGAUGACAUCCUGUCCGUGGCCAACAUAAAGCCUACCGUUUUGCAGGUGGAGGGUCACCCCUAUCUGGCCCAGGUGGAGCUGUUGGCACAUUGCAAGGAGAGAGGCUUAGUAAUGACUGCCUAUAGUCCACUUGGCUCUCCAGACCGAGCCUGGAAGAGACCAGAUGAGCCAAUUCUCCUCGAGGAGCCGGUCAUUGCUGCACUAGCCAAGAAGUACAACAAAUCCAUUGCGCAAAUCAUAAUCAGGUGGCAGACCCAGCGGGGAGUUGUGACCAUCCCAAAGAGUGUUACAGAGUCUCGCAUUAAAGAGAAUUUACAGGUGUUUGAUUUCACUCUGGAGCCUGAGGAGAUGAACAGUGUGACAGCACUGAAUAAAGGCUGGCGAUACAUAGUGCCAACAAUAACUGUUGAUGGCAAGCCAGUACCAAGGGAUGCCGGACAUCCUCACUACCCCUUCAAUGAUCCUUAUUAAGACAUUGUGCUGCAGGAUUAUGUGCCUUUCAAGCCAAUUUAGCUCUGUACACUUCACACAAUAAAUGGUUUUCUUACUCA